UUCCCCUUAUAAUUCUGCUUUCCCCUUCUCGUCCUAAUUCAGGACAACGCAUGCAAGAGGAACAAAGAGGCAAUUUCAAGAAAAUUAUCGAAUUAAUUAGAAGAAUGGCACAUCAUAUUGAGAUUACCCGAAUGGAUCAUCAAAUUCCACUUCUUCAUCAAACUUCUGUAAAUGAAGCUACAGAGAAUGAGAUAGAAGAAGGGAGGAAAGUGGAUUAUUUAAUCGACAUAGAGGAAACAAAUGGUCAAGAUCAAUCAAGGUUGCAAACAAUUAAAUCUGCAAAGCAAAUAUAUGAUGAAAAUUUUAAGGAUUUCAACAAUUCGUCUAUCAAAUCAACUACCAUAUUCAAAGUAAGUGCAGGGCUAAGUGAAUCAAAUCCAAAUUCUUAUAAGCCAAUGUUGAUCUCCAUUGGCCCUUACCAUAAACACAAUACUGAACUUCGGUCGAUUGAAAAGUACAAACUGAUGUACCUACAACGGUUUUUCCGAAGGAAAGAAGGGAUUGAUGUGGAAAGUUGCAUCAGAGAAAUAGAAGAAUUGAAGGAUGAAGCGCGUAAGUGUUAUGAUGAUAUACAUGACUUUUAUAGUGACAAUAUUGGUGAAUUUUUGCUGAUGUUAUUGGUUGAUGGUUGUUUUGUGGUUGAGUAUAUUCGAGAGUGUUGUGGAAUAAUUCCAACAGGAGAAGACAUAAUUAUCAGAGGAGGUUGCAUAGAUAAUCAAGUACGUCGAGAUUUGUUGUUACUAGAAAACCAACUUCCUUUCUUUAUCCUCGCCAAACUUCAUGACAUGACAAUGGAAGUUGAUCAAACAUCAUUCAUAAUAAUGGUGAAGUGUACCUUUCUUCCUUGCUUACCAAAGAUUACUCCUGCAUCCUUUGUUGAGACUGAAGGUAAUGCCAAAAAUAUCAAACAUUUACUUCAAUUAGUACACAUGUCAUGCCACCCUUCAGAGAUGAAAACUAGCUUAACUCGGAAUAAUCCUAGCAUUGAAAUCGAACGUUGUGGGAAAAGCUUAUGCGGGAAUCUGUUACAAAUAAUUAAGUCAAAAGAAAUAGCAAUAGAUAGUAACCACUUAAUAUGGCAUGACAUUAUGCCAAAUGCAACAGAGCUUUGUGAAGCUGGAGUUAAUUUUGCAAAGGUGGGAACUGUCUAUACUUGUUUGGAGGAAGACAACCUUGAAGAUAGCACAAGUUUAUUUGACAUUACAUUCGAGAAUGGAUUGAUGAAAAUUCCUUGUUUUCACGUCGUUGAUGAUACUGAGACUAUCUUGAGAAAUCUCAUAGCUUACGAGUAACAGUCGCCUAAUGCACAUUCUAGAUAUUUCAGUGAUUAUGCAGUUUUCAUGGAUCAUCUUAUCGACUCAGAAAAAAAUGUGAAUUUGCUUCGCUUAAAAGGAGUUAGAUGAGUCAAUAUACAAAUUUUGAGGAAGAUUGGAGGUGAUUUAGGCUGAUUUGAUAUCAAAAUCCGUAGUUAAAAUCGAGUUCAAAAAAUUCUUCUUUGACACAUGUAUCAAACUUGUAUCACACACAGAAGUAUACAUGAAUAUACACGUGAUAUAUAUUUGAUACAAAUAUGAUACAUAAAUGAUACACAGUAUGAUACACAUCAU